AGAGUCCAAACAGCAACAUCGUAAACUCAAAACUCGUUAUACUUGCCCACCAUGCCUCCCAUGGCAUUGACCGGAAUCGUCACUAAAGCCGGCUGCAUGCGCAAGACAGCCACUGUGACUGUUUCACGCCAUGUCAUCCACAAAUUAACCGGAAAACGCAUCGAACGAAGCAAAAAGAUCCUAACACACGACGAACAAGAAGUCCUUCGAUUGAACGAUGCCGUGUUAAUACGAAACUGUCCUCCGAUAUCCGCGCGGAAACGAUUUAAGCUGGAAAAGAUCUUGAAGAGUCCAGAGACAGAGCGGGAUUUGGCACAUAUGCAGGCUGCACAACAGUCGUAGGAGUGUGAUGGCACCGAGUUAAUGUGUACGUUUACUCGCUCGCACAGACAAACUCGCUCGCCCAACGUAGUCGUUUUUGGACCUGAUUGACCAAACUUCCAGAGUCUGCAUGGCAUCCUAGACUGCGCUUCGAGUCCUUUCCUUGUUCAUAUUCAUCAUGUAGAGGCGCUCAUUCAAUAAGCAUUCAUUUCAAAUAUAUGUGCUACUAACACGCUUUCGACUGUCCCAGCGUUAUGCCCAAAUGAUGCAAAGCUUCACGUCUAGAGAGCCCUUGUUUCGAGGGUUCGGUGACAUCGAGGCUGGGUUACUUGAGCUGGUACACUUCACGAAUGGGAAGGAACCGCUUGAGGGCCCGGUCAAGAACGGAAAGCUGAUGGGCUAUCAAUAUCACGUAUCUGAUAGGGUGUAUAUUUAUGCAGUAGCAACAUGUUUGUACUCGUGACUCCCCAACU